AUGAUUUGUUCCGGGCCGUUGGAUCAAAAUCUUAAACCUCUGGAAAGGGUUAGGGUUCUUCCGCGCUUGAUGGGAUUAUUUGCCCGCAUUCUCGCGCUUCCUCCUCGGCGAUCGCGAUCUUGGCACAGGUAUGUCCAGGCGCGAUACUUCGAAUCGAUGGGCGCCAGGCCCUCUGGCGGAUUCGGACGGACUUAUAUCACGAAGGAGCAGAAGAUGGCCGAGCUCUUUGGCGGGAGGCGCAAAUGCGGCUCUGACGAUUCGUGGAGCCUCAGUCCAGAGGAUAAGCCUCGGGCCGCCUUGGGGAGGGAUUUCGCAAUGCUUCCACCGGGCGAUUCACCACAGAGGCGAGAGAUGAAAGCGAUGAUCAAAGACCAGAUAAAGUCCAAGAUCAAGAACAGGCUUCAAAAGGAGCGGCAAGCGUUCUACGAUAGGCAGCCCAAGAACGAGGAGGAAAGAAUCGAGCUUAAGAUCAAAAGAGCCUACAAGAUCAUUGGCUACAAGCAAUUGGAGCUUAGGAAGUACAAACUGGAAGAACCGCCGCUGUCCGCCUCAAUCCACGAUCCAGAAGUCCUGACUGCCGAGCAGCUUCACUACUUGAAGAAGAUCGGCCAAAAGUCGAAGAACUACGUCCCUGUCGGGAAGCGUGGAGUUUACGGUGGUACCGUCGAAAACAUGCAUAUGCAUUGGAAGAGACACCAGACAGUGAGAAUGGACUGCCACACUUUCAGCAUGGACGAAGUGAAAGAAAUCUCGGAAGAACUGGCGAAACUAAGUGGAGGGAUCGUUGUGGACAUCCUCCCGGACAAGACCAUCAUCUUGUAUCGAGGAAGGAACUACGAGCAGCCGAAGAAGCUCAUCCCUCCGAACACUCUCACCAAGCGAGCGGCUUUGAAGAAGGCAGUGCUCGAGCAGUCGAUCGCUGCCCGGCUGAGAUACGUCGACUUUCUAGAGCGCAACCUCAAGCAACUCAGGGAGCAAAAAGAGUACGAGGAGAAGCGAAAGAUGCAAGCGAUCGAGUACAAGGACGAGGCCGUGCGAAGCGUUCCCGUGAGGAAAGUUAAGCCAUACUUCAAGGCCGUGGGAGACGCCUACGAUUUCGAGGACGACAGCGAUCCUUGCUCCGAGACCGAGUCGGACGAGAUCGACGAGGACGACGAGGAAGGGGCGAUUCUCUCCGGCGAGGAAGAUCAAAAGUAUCUCUACGUCGAGGGCGAGAAGCAAAGGAAAGAGUUGAAACACAUCCGCGAGUUCCUUCUCCGGCACAGGAUGAAGAAGAAGCGCCUGGAAUCCAAGCUCCGGAAACGAAGAGAGGAGUAUGAACGGUUUGGAUGGUCCAACCGAGCGUCCACGUAACGCGUGGAUCGUCCAAACAAGCUUUCACGUGAGGGUCAUCCAACGGCCCAGGAUUUGGUAUCUUUGUCUGGCAGUGCGUGAAUCGGACGGUGCUACGCUGCAGAUCUUGACCGUUGGAGGUGGUUAAAUUGAGGCCGUUGAUCUA